GAGUCGUUCAUGGAUAUCUGAUGAGUCAGUACGGGUUGACUCGGAUGCUCUUUUGGGUCCGGGAGUCUACUCAGCCCGAAUCUUCCGAGUCUGAACGAAUUCGCACCGGGUCUACUAUCUCCGGUGACGACUCAGCCGGAUCUACUGGGACUCGGCCGAGUCUUUGAACCAUGGACUCACGUACAUGCCUAAUCUGUCAUGCAUUUUUCUUAUUAUGCAAUUUUUGGGUGAACGGUGCAUCAAAAAAUAAGGAUGCCCUGAGAAGAGAGCCAGUUUGAAAAGACGUCUGCAGCCGUGUGGUUUUUCCAGCAGGACAAAAAAUCAGAGAAUUUUUUCUGGCAGCUGAGCUGAUUUUGGAUAAGGCAGAAUGGAAGGGAGGGUACACACUUUUCGGCCUCCAGAAGGAUAUGUGGAUGAAGAAAUGGAAGACUAUAUCAAGAAUGGUUAUCCUUCCCUAGAAGAUGAAAUUACUUUUGCUGUCUCACAUGAUAAGAAAGAAACAUUUGUUACUUGGAUAAAUGGGAUAACCUACAAAAAUGAUAUACCUCGAUGGUGUGUGGAUCGUAUGUUUCUUUUUGACUCCAUAAAUUGUAUGGAUGCUGUUCUGAAUGGAGAAAUGACAGGAAAAAUUGAUUUUACUGUUGAUGCUGUUCCACACAACAACCAUGGGGAACUUCCUGCAUUGCAUAAAGCAGCUACUAGUCAGGCCUGUAGACUGACUGAGUUAUUUCUUGGUAUUACGGAUCAAGCAAAUGUCAGAUUGGAUUUUAAGGAUGUAAAAGGGUGGUUGCCGCUGAAUUUUGCUCUUGAGAAUUUAAGGUCUCCAAGCUCGAUGCCUGUGUGGAUAAAUUCUAAAGGAGACAAGCAUAAAUCCUACUGGAUGGCUAAUCCAAUACCACAGGGACCAACUGAGAUGGUCUUCAAGUUACUUUAUUAUCUGCUUUGGCCGUUUUCGAGAUCUGCUCUGGAAGUUGUGAGAUUGCUGGCGCAGAAGACCAAAGAAGUUGAAUUUGAAUUUUUUAAAUAUGUGAAAGAGCAGAAACUGGUUGAAUUAGCAGGCUUGUUGUUGGUGGCUCAUGAAAAGGUUAUGCCUGGUUUAGAAGAACGUAUGAAGAUCCGCAAUUUUGUCUUGAAAGAAGCUGCAUUUCUGAAUUUACAAGAAAUCAGGUCCUUGUAUGGCUCUGGUGAUGAGAAGUCCCUACAAGAGGUGAAAAAGAAGAAGGUGGAGAUGGAGGCAAUACUAUUAUUACUUGAAGUAUUUGACAGAAUUGGUGAUAAACUUUCGGCUUAUGUUCAGAUAGUGCGAAAACUGGUGGGAGAGGAAUAUCACGCCAAAGAAAUUGGCUGGAUCUUGGAGAAAGCUGGAUUUUCCGUGAAGCUUGAACUUUUUGAUGAAACAAGCAGGGGAAUAAUUCGGCAUGAGUGGUAUUUACCCUUUCUAGGGGACACAGGUGCAGAAGACACCUUUUACAUUCUUAAUCGCAUCAAACGUUUGGAGUCACAUAAGAUGGCUUUGGGUUAUCGAAAACUGCCUUCAAUCUGUGGGACGCCUAUUCAGCAAGUUGUAGCAUCUUCAAGUAGCUCCUCCCAAUGGUCUUCAGCUUCUGCUCUAAAAUCAUUUCAUACAUUCCAUCCUGUGAGGGCCAGUGGUCGGUGUUCUGGUUCUGCUACAUGGGAGAAUAAAGCAUGCAACUGGUUGUGGGAUUUGCCAUGCAAACGUGGUCUUCUUAGAGAUAGCCAGGAUCUCCCUUCAGCCAAUAGGGUGCUAAACAUGCAAUACAGGAAGGUAUGGGCUUGUGUUGUGGCAACUUUAAAAAGGGGAACAAGGCUCAUCUGAACGAUUAUUGAGGUGGCCCUUAUUUUUCCUCCGUAUUGGUAGUAUUGGUGUUAUACCUGGGGCCCGUAUUUCUUACGCUUGUUUAAUGGAAUGUUUUGAAGUAUUGGAGAUCUUAGCAUUUGUUCAAGUAGUUCAGUGUAAACAAUGACACCGUACUAUUGUAUGACUAUUCUGCAUGCACCUCUCUUGAAGGUUAUUAGUAGGAAGAUGGCUGCCAAUGACUCUGUGUUCUUGGCCCUUUCUGCUAUGAAAUUUAUACCCUUGAAAUCACACAUAUUCAAGUUUCAUGAUAUGUUCAACUGCA